AUGGCAUCAAGCACGAUACCAACGCACUAUCCUCAGUUGGUCGAUCCAACACGAACACCACUUGCAUUUCUGAAUCGAGCUGUUCCACGUUUGAAUCGAGAACUCAAAAGUGAAGAUCUCCUAUUACGUCAACGUGCCGUGCGAUCAUUGUGCGACUAUCUUCAUGAUCCCGAACAUAUAUUACCAUGCAUCGAAGAAGAUAUUCCAGCAACUCUACUAGCUCUAUUAAAAGACAAUGAUCAAUUCUGUCGGUUAAAAUCUGCUGAAUGCUACUAUGUCAUUGCAAGUCAUGCUAUCGGUCGUCAAGCGAUGCUCUCUUGUAAUGUAAUUCCACGUCUAGCUGCUCUAUUCAACGACAAAGAAGCUUCAGUAAGACGAAACGCCCACAAAGCUGUCUCCAUGUACAGCGAAGCACCACCCGGCGCGCAAAAUUUAGUUGAACUUCGACUCGUCGAUACCCUCCUGAAGAAAUUAGUUAUUGAGCUUGAUGAAAUCAAAGAAUUAAUUUUAAACACAAUUCAUUUUUGUCUAAUGUAUGAUGUCGAACAAGCGUUAGCAUCGGACGCGAUGACGACAUUAACAUCAUUACUUCAACAUUCAUCCGAUAAAAUCAAAACACUCGCUGCCCUUACAAUAUUUCAUUUGAGUGUUUCGCUGAAAGGCAAAGAACGCGCGGUUGAAAUUGGAACAGUCGAUCGUUUAGUUGCAUUACUCGAUUCGAACGACGACUCAUUAAAAAGUAAAACUGCACUGGCUCUUUCCGUAAUUUGUAUCAUAACACCAGGAAAAUACUGUACAAUAAAAGCUGGUGCAAUACCAAAACUCUUAGCGUUACUCAAGACAGAUUCAACAGAAUUAAUUGUCAAUGCACUUAAAGCUAUAACAUGCGUUGCCGAAGCACCAGAGGGAAGAAAACAAUUCCUCGAAUCCGUUGAUCUGAUUGAUCAGUAUGUUGAACAUCGACUACCGAAUAUCGCAAAACAUGCCCAAAUCGCUGCGAAAGUUAUCAAGUGGAAACCAUGA